CUCAGAAUCAUCCAAAGUAUAAAACACAACAGAAGUAAUCGAAGACAAUGUCUGGUCCCGAAAUCAUCAGCUCUGAAGCCUUCCCUCUCAAGCCUCACAACUCUCCUGCCGCCAAAGUCCCUGGUCUCAUAUUUUGCAGUGGGCAAAUUGGUAACGGCGAGAUCGAAGCUGCGACUCUUGAGUCGUUGACAAAAUUAAAGGAACUCCUCGAGCUUGGCGGUUCCUCCUUAGAGCAGAUUGCUAAGGUAAAUAUCUUCAUGAAAGAUAUCAAUCAGUUCAGUGCCAUGAAUGAGGUCUUCUCCAAGUUCCUUCCCGACCCUAAACCCGCGAGGACAUGUAUUCAAGCCGGAAAGCUUCCGGGCGGAGAGACCUCGACCAUCGAAAUUGAAUGCAUCGCUCGGGCUUAAGAUACAGCACGUCUUGGUGUCCUUUUGAUGUAAUUGGGAAUUAG